AUGGCCACCCACAAUGGCGUCAGUGUGUCAGCUAAACCAUGGCGAAUUUACCUUUACGGCGCGGGAUUCAGCGCAAGUCGACAUGCGGUUGCAGCUGGAAUGAUAGGUCACGACGUUCAACUCUUUGCCGCAGACCCCUCAAAAGCCGCCCGAGAUGCAUUGCUCGCCAAAUUUCCUCGGGCCACAGUGUACGACGAUGCCGAAGCCAUGCUUGCCAGUUCUCCAGGGCAAGAGCGCGACAUAGUUAUCAUAGCAGUACCCCCUUAUCUGCAUCACUCGGCGACGCUCAGUGCAUUCCGAUCCAACCGUCAUGUUCUCUGUGAAAAGCCGGUUGCGAGAACAGAUACCGAAAUGGCAGAGAUGUUAGCUGCCAGUGACAGCUCCGGCCGACUCUUCUCAGAGUGCAGCUUUCGGUAUCUUGGGAACGGAGCCUUAGAUCGCGCGCGCGAGUUGAUCAGGACAGGCCGUGUUGGCACCCUAUACCACGCCCGAUUCGUCAACCGCCAACCGCGAUCUCGCCCUGGCAUCGAAUACCAACCGGAAAGCAAAUGGUUUCUGCAGAAGACGAAGUCAGGCGGGGGUACCGUUUUUGAUUGGGGCGUCUAUGAUUUCACCAUGUUCUUCGAUGUUCUCCGACCUGUCGCUGCGACUGUUCAUCGUGCCUGGCUAGCGACACCACGGACUGGCGCCGACCCCACUGAAUUUCCUAUCUCCGUUGAGACGCACGCUGGUGCAACCUUAUCACUGACAUUGGAGGAUGGUACGGUGAUUCCGUUCGACUACGAGCGUGCAAGUGGUUUCCACGGAGAGCCACAGGUCGCUCUCAACGUCGAUGGCACAGAGGGAGGUCUGACCUGGGAGUGGGUGCCGACGUUUGAUUACAAGGACGAAGUCGAUCCCCUUGAGCAAGGCUUCAAGCUUGUACAUUAUUUCGAUGCGGAUGGCAAAGUUGAGGCUAGCGAGGAGAAGUUUGCAGCCUUUGGGUGGGAGGAUGCAAAUCUUCGGCCUUUGCUCUCCUUCGUCGACUUGAUUGAGGGUCGCAGCAGUGAGGCUCUUUCCAGGGACAGACUCGAGUUCAAUUUCGCGGUCAUUUCGGCCAUUUACCGCUGCAUUUCUCAAGGUAAUCCUGUCCAUGUUCGGAUGAAGGCCUAAAGGCUGCGGAACGGAUAGAAUCAUAUUCUGCAGGAUCGGAUCCAGCCGUAUG